AACUGAAACAGAAAAAAAAACAGGAAGAAAGCAAGAAAAGAGAAGAAUAAGAAGAAAAAGGCUGCAGAGAAAUUUUAGUGGAAUCCACAACCAGGCUUCUUCUGAAAAACACAACAACAACAAUACGCAGUGACCCUAACUGGAUAAAGUGUAGUGAAGUCUCUAAACUGAUUUUUAAUGAGGUUGUGAAAUUUUGGAGCGUCCCCCUGAGGCCCCCUGCUGACUGAUAACAAGCACUGCGUGGGAGCUCAAUGAGAGUGUGCUCCUAACAAGCACUCCACCUGUUUCUACGUGUGUGUUGGGGUGUGUUUGUGUGUUGGGCACCAUGCUGUGGACAGUGCUGCUGGCGUUGUUAGUGCUUCUCCUGCUGCAGACUCAACUCUCUGUUUGCUUAAGGGAUCUGCGCACCAGGGGAUCCAUUUCGCCUCUUCACUCUUCUCCAUCUUCUCCCUCCCUCUCCACAUCCUCAUCAUCCUCUUACAAUGCUACCCAGCAGCGGCUGCCGGGAGCUAUUAUCAUUGGUGUGCGUAAAGGAGGCACCAGAGCCCUGCUGGAGAUGCUCAACUUGCACCCAGAUGUGGAGGUGGCGAAAGCUGAGGUGCAUUUCUUCAACGUGGAGGAGCAUUAUCGCCGCGGUCUGGCUUGGUACCGAGCUCAGAUGCCCUUCACCCUCCCAGGCCAGCUUACGGUGGAGAAGACGCCUGGCUAUUUUGCAGCUCCUCAGGUUCCAGCUCGUGUGUGGGACAUGAACCCUGCCGUCCGGUUGUUGCUUAUUGUCAGGGAUCCGGCAGAGAGGCUGGUGUCUGACUACACCCAGGUACUUCACAACCGCCUGACACAGCACAAGCCCUACCAACCGCUGGAGGAGCUUUUGCUCCACAAGGGCCACAUUAACCAGGGCUACAAGGCACUGCAGAGGAGCCUGUACCAUCUGCAUCUCGCCCGCUGGCUGGAGGUCUUCCCCAGGGAGCAGAUUCAUGUGGUGGAUGGUGAUGCGCUUAUCAGGGAUCCAUUCCCAGAGCUGAGGAAGGCGGAAAAGUUUCUUGACCUGCCACCUAGAAUAAACCCAAACAACUUUUACUUCAAUACCACCAAAGGCUUUUACUGCCUUCUGUCCGCUGGACAUGAUAAGUGCCUGGAUGAGUCUAAAGGCAGACCACAUGCUCCACUGAGCACGCAGGCCUUGAAGAAGCUCUGUCAGUACUUCAGGAAGCCCAACAAACGUUUUUUUGAGAUGGUGGGACGGUCGUUUUCCUGGUGCUGAUCCAGAAACUCCUGAAGGACACAAAAAAACAAUCAGGGACAGAAGGAAAGGGACACUUUGUGUUUCUGAUGAUAGAUUACUGACGCAAGAUAAUUUUUUUUUAUCUAAAUACCUUCUCAGGUAUAAAAGUGGCCAAAUUAGUUGGACACUUAGAAGUGAAACUGAAAAUUUGGCCGAAAAAACUCGAACCAAGCCGGUGCCUCCUCAGAAAUGACGAAGCUUCAACUGUGCCAUUAAAAUGUUUCAUGCGACUUGUUUUUUUUUUGUGAUGUUAAAGAAAUGGACAAGAGGUAAGCAGAGGGUUGCAACGUUUGAUUGCACUAUGACCAAAUUGCAUUAAAAGUCAAUCAGUGUAAAUAUUCUCAGAAGAAAAAGCUCUCGCUGUGAUUUCUAAACUUCUGUAAAAAAGGUUUAUCUUUGUAAUCGGGUUUGCUUUCCUUUUUUCUGUUAGAUUUAGGUUAGCUUAGAAAAAAUUAAUGCUGUCUUUCUAAAUAUUUUCUUAACUUUUCAACUUUUUUCACAUUUUGUCACUUCAAACCAUAAUCUUACAUGCAUUUUAUUGGACGUAACAAAAAUAAACACAUUUGUUUUAUAUAUACUUUCAAAAAUUUUACAAAACUUGGAAUAGAUGUCAAUUGAAAGCCAUUUAUUGAAAUACACCUCAACAAAAACAGUGCAACCAAUCUACAGGAAUUCUACAGGGAAGCUAGUUGGAGUUCAAGUAAAGAUACAGGGAUGAUAGGUCCACCUUCCAGCAGGACCGUGAUCAUAAACAAGCCACACAGUCUUCAAAGAUCAACAAACAUCAGUCUGUAGAUGUAAAACCAAUAGUUCUGCAACUGUAAAGGCAACAAAAACUAACAUCCAGCAGUUUUGCAAACCACACAUUCCUGGGGGUUUUGUGUUUUUUGACUUAAAAAAAAAGCAAAAACUCCUGAAUCCCGUUCCACUUUAGAAUUAUAUGCUACCUUAUGUUGAGUCCAUCACAUAAAAUCCCAAUGAAACACCUUAAGUUUGUGGUCCUAACGUGACAAAAUGUGACAAAAGGGGGAAAAAUACUUUUGCACUUCACUCUAUUUAUGUUUUUUACCUUUUCUUUAAUAUGGUACAUUCUCAGUUACUUCACAUGUAAAGACCAAUAUGGUGUUAUUGUUAGAUUCUGUAGUUUCUUUUUCUUGAAAUGUCUUAAUAAAUCCAUUCAGACUUCC